AUGGAAGAACAAAGCUUUCUUAAAAUCCCGAUUGUUUGGAGGGGCAACAAACUGAACGUGGAGGUUGAUCCAAAAUGGAAUGUUAAAGAAUUCGGAGAGAAGCUACAAGGUUUAACUAAUGUAAAACCAGAAACAAUGAGACUUCUUGUUCCACAGCCUGCGAAAAAAAGUUCAAAGAUGAUCACUCCGUAUUCUGAUGUUUACUCAUCUUUAAGCUUGCAAGAAGCUGCUAUUUUUGAGGGGAAGCCCAUUAGAAUGAUGGGUGUCUUUGACAAUGAAAUUGAAGAGGUUUCAGAAAACAGUAAGAAGGCAAAUUUACGAAUAGCUGGAUUUGACGAGGAAGAAAAGAGGUUGAAGCAUCGGAUGUCAGCUAGACCUCAGACUUCUUUUAAACUUCCGCAAGGAGAGUAUAUUUUUUGUGAUUUUCGUACACUUCACAUUCCUGGAAUUGAGUUGAAUCCUCCUCCUUCUGAGGCACUCAGAGACCUUUGUCGAGUUUGA